AUGCCUCGGGACCCUCAGAAAGGGAAUGAAUUGAUUGAUGCAAUAUCCUCUGGGCGAAGAUCUUGGCGAAGAUCCCCCAACUGGUUCUCACCGAAUCGAAGGGGUACGCCAGAUGAUGUUCGAGACGAUGAAAAGAAGAAGGACACAAAGGAACAACCUAGGGAGGACUCCGUACCUAGAAGCCAAACAGGGAGAAAGCGGCGAGACUCGGCUGGAGUAGUGACCGUUGUGUCGUGUGUGGCAUGUGUUGGUGUCAGCUCAGCAGGGCUGUCCGGGUACCCGGUGCCCCGGGGCGGGACCGAAUUGGAGAUUGCACCACGCUAUCGUUCAAGACUCUUUCGUGAGCUCGGCAGCAGAAACGGACUCGAUGUUCGCCCUCACAAAGCUGUCUGGCCCCCCCAAACCCCUAUCCAGGCCAUUCUCCGCCAAGACGAUCUGCACGCGCGACCAGAGUCGGGUGAUGAGAGCCAUGGUGAGGGCCAUGACGAUGAUGCUGCGGUUGAGGUGGAUGACGACGUCGGCGCCGACGCCGGCGCCAUCGCCGACACCAAUGAUGGGGAUGCGAUGCGAUGCUGGCGCGGUCGAUUGCGAGUGAACACAACAACCAUCACCAUCGGGACCAAAGAAUUCCACAAAAAUCUCAACGCCCACAUACCCACUCUCACACCCACACCCGCCCACCUAACCCAUGCGAAACCCGGCUCUGUGUCUCGCACCAUGAUCUGGUGUCUUGUGCCAGAAAAGAAACAAGAUGGAAAAUAA